ACAACUCGAAGCCACAUUUGUUAGAGUUAUUUGAAGGAUAAGAAAAUGUCCCGCGGUACUCCGAUGAACGCAGCAAACAGAACGCCAUGGUCCACCGGCCUCUGUGACUGCUUCGACGACAUGGGAUCAUGUUGCUGUACGUUUUGGUGUCCAUGCGUGCCUUUCGGGCAAGCCGCGGAGAUUAUAGAUGAAGGAUCAACUUCCUGUUUAGGUCAAGCAUCGAUUUUCACUGUGAUUUCUUGCUUUACGCCCUGCAUAUGCCUUUAUACAUGCCAUUAUCGUUCUCGACUGAGGGCAAAGUAUGAGCUUCAACAAACUCCCUGCAACGAUUGCUGUGUUCAUUUUUGGUGUUUGGGUUGUGCAAUGUGUCAAGAGUACCGUGAGCUCAAGAAUCGUGGUUUCGACAUGCAUAUCGGUUGGCAAGGAAACGUGCAGAAACAAAAUAAGGGAUUAGAGAUCCCGCCUAUGGUGGAAGGACAAAUGAAACGUUAGAAGUUUGAAAGACUUGGGAAGGAGCAAUAAGAAUGGUGGUAUCCUCUUUGCAUUUAGUUGUUUGCAUAUCUUUAUUGGGUUGGUUUGUUCAGGUCAAAUUUUAAUGCAGUAUGUAAGUAGGAAUGCCAUUGUUUGGAUUGAAUUUCGGGUUCAUUUAAGACCAAUAAUAUUAAUGUUCGAGUAACUCAUUUUG